AUGGGCUGCACCGGCAGCGCCCUGCGCUGCUGUCCCGCCGGCGGCAAGAGACAGCUAAAAUCCCAGCAGGAGAGGGGACCAGCUGCCCAGGAGCUCACGGCCUUGAAGACAGAGAAGGCCAAUGCCACCCUGCCAGCCGAGGAUGGGAAGGAGCCAGAGGAGCUGACAGAGGGUAGGAGACUCCUUCAAGGCCAGGAGGAGGAGCAGCUGCAGGAGGCCAGCCAGGCAGGCACCGGGAGAGUCGUCCAGGAUGUUAACAGCCAGGUGGAAAAGGGAAAAGACCUCCAGCUGCAGGAGCAUUUUGAUGCCCUGAGGAGAGAGCACAAGGAGACCCUGCAAGAGCUCCAGAGAGUGCAUGAAGAGGAGAAGCUGCUGCUGGCAGAGUCCCACCGCAGGUCCCAGGCAGCCUUACAGGAGACGAUCCAAGCACUGAAAUCCCAGCUGAAGGCUUUCCAGGAGAGGAUGAAGCGGGUGGAAGAGUCGCUCUUGAGCACAGACUACAAGAAGCACAUCCAGGAGCAUGGAAGCCCCAGCCCCUUCUGGGAGCAGGAGCUGGAGAGCCUGCACUUUGUCAUUGAGAUGAAGAAUGAGCACAUCCAUGGCCUGGACAAGAAGCUGCUGAACCUGGAGGAUGUGGUAGAGAGGAACCUUCUGCUGGAGGAGAAGGUGAAGACUCUCCAGCAGGAGAACGAGGACCUGCAAGUUCGCACCCAGAACCACUUGGUCAUGGCAAGCUGUCGGAGGAGCUGCUGGCUGCCCGCGGGGCGCUGGCGAAGGAGGCGCAGCUGCGGGAGCAGGCUGGGCGCGAGAAGGAGGAGCUGCUGUACCGCGUGCUCCACGGCGGCGACGGAGCCUCCUUCCCCGCGGCCGCCGGCGAGGUGCCGCUCAUCGCCACGUAGCACCGCGCCGACAGGCACCGCGCGCUGCCAGGGGGCUCUCAGGGCCUUCCUCCGGGCGGGGUGA